GGACUAGCGUUUGGAUGAAUUGUUUGAAUAAUCAUUUCCAGUUUGAUCCAAAAUGCAGGUAUGUAUGUAUGUUUUGUGUUAAGAUUCACUUACAUAAUUGUUACACAAAAUCUUGACUAUUGAUCUCUCUAUUAUGAAUGAUUGAGUCAGAUUUACCACGAUUUAAAUCUUAAUCUAAACAGAUGAAUGGAAUAGUCUUUUCAGAUGGUGGCUGAAACUUAUAGAAAAUAAUACAAAUUGCAAUUUCAGUGGUGUGAGUGUGAAUUUAGUUCGCCUUUAAUAACACUGGACCAGAGGAAACAGAAAGGAAAAAAGAUGUGGAGAAAGAAUUAACAUUGGAAAAUGAUUGCUUAAAUGACCCAUUUCACUAUUAAAGUUAAAGAUAUUUCAUCAAGUAAAACUACGAUGGUUGAAAUUAAGUAGAGAGUUUUUUCCAUCUCCACAUUUCACUUUGUUCAAGAAAAAAAAAAAAAAAAAAGACAAAGAAGUAAGCUACAGUUAGGUCUCUUUAGAAGUUUCAAGAGCCUAACAUUAGUAACCCAAUUUAAGGUUCUCAUUGGCAGUUGUGAUGAAUUUCUUAAUCCCACUUGAAUGGUAUUUGCAAAUUUUUCUAAUCAAUGUUGAUGGGUUCAGUACGUUGUGGUGAGGGUGACCCUUGCUCAAUCAAGUCUUCUUGUUAGAGGGUUCGGGCUUAUGUCUUCCUGUCAUAUAUAUGCAUUCACAUAAUAAGGCUCCUUACUAACAAUUGGGGAUGGAUAAAAUUCAAACCUUUAUUUUCGGCAAGGUUUACUUCAGUCCCUAUCAUUUGAGUCUUGACAAUACCAACAAGAGUUUGAUUGAGUUGGUUCAUAAUAAUUUCAAAACCUUAAUUUCGGGUCAAGAUUAGAGUUUCAAAUCCUGCAACAGUUGACUCUCUAUAUACCCAAAAAAAAAGAGCUUACCUUGAUGGGUUCACAAUUAAAUAAGGAAAAUGAUUCACACAAUGUCUACUUACAGUGAAAUUUUGCAACCCUAAGUGACAAUGAUAGUAAUUAUGAUUAACUUUUUUUUAUUUAGUGGAAUGUGUGAAUCUAUAUUUAUCCACUUGAUGCCAUUUAUUUAUUAUAAGAAUUCAUUUUAAGAAUAUUGUACAGGAAUUAACUUUGAUCAAAUAAAGCAUUACAAAUUAAUAAUGAAAAGGUAGAAAUAUUGAAGAGUAAUUGACUUGUUAUUCAUAUCUUUGCACAUAGUACACUUACAAAUCAAUGAAAUCAAGGAAAGAAUUAAGGAAAUCUUUUAGAGCAUUGAGAAUCAAUUAAGGCAAUGAUGAUGACUGAAUCUUUUUAAAGUGGAAGGAGAGGCUUUGAAUCUAGAGCAAACUUGUGGAGUGGAGUAAACAUAAGUUGUGACU